UCUCGGUUUCACUCUAAUAAAAGUAAGUGACUUAUCAUUUUCCCAUAACAAUCAUCAUUUAAUUUUGUGUUAAUUAAUGUUGUCCAUUCCAAAAGACCAUCUAAAUGGCUUUAUAAAUCUUUGUCCAUAUUGCAGCCCAUACCCGCCUUCUCUCCAACAACCUAUAACCGCUCUGUCUACACGUGUGGCCAUGGCAAGGAACGAUUCUGUUGCUGGGUAUUCAGAAAAAUAGACCACACUAGAAGCCAUCUUGACCCAUGGUAGAAGAAACAAGCAUCACAUGAGUGCUGAAUUCACCUGUCGUGUUGAAGUCAAACGCAUACGCAAUAGCCAAGAGUGGUUCAAGCUGACAUGUGGCGGUGGGAAUUGCAUGAAAGGUGUGGGGCGUGAAGACAACGAUAUGUGGUGUGAUGGGAGCGAAAACCCCGUUGUCUUCCCGAGAGGAAGUUUCAGGCUAGAACUCGAGGUGUUUGACUCAACAGCCGAAGCUGUCGUUGUCUGCUUUGAUGACACAGCCCAACGCUUGACAAAGACCACUGCUCAUAGUAUACUCACAGCAGAGUGUGGCCUGUCACGCGUCUACAGCCUUUAUUCCACUGACAUACAGGAUAAGUUCACUCCGGUGAUGGUAAGGAACGCUGAUGGAAGCAUUUCAACACUGCCGAAUUAUUUCACUGCAGUCAGUUGGCUGGUGAUGGGAUUGGGGAUGACGGUGGCAUGCGUUAGCUAAAGUUUGGUCUAUGUGUUAUCCAAUAAGAUAG